CCCUCCUACAACAGAUGGAGCCGUGUUCAUAGUUCACCUCUGCUGAAGUCAGUCAAGCUGCGACAGCAGGCCGAGCAGAGCACAGGCAGGAACUAGGAAGUGCGAUCAUCCCUGAUUCAACACUAAAUACGGCGGUGAAAAGGAGCAGAACAUGUCAACAUCUGCUGCUGCACAGUCAGAGCUGAGGCUGGUGGUGCUGGGCCGGACGGGGGCAGGAAAGGGAUCAGCAGUCAGCACCAUCCUGGGUCUGCAUGACUCUCAACAGGGCACAGAUGCUGCUGCUGUCACCCAGGAGUGCAGCAAACACAGAGGAGAGGCUGCAGGCAGACAGGUGGUGGUCGUCUCCAGUCCAGCCUGGUUCGGCUCAGGCUGCGACCCAGAGGAAAGGCAAAGACACAUAUCCUCCUUCAUCGCCUUAUCCAGCCCUGGACCACAUGCCUUCCUCCUGUGUGUCCCUGUGAACCAGCCAGAAGAUGGAGAGGCCAAGGCGCUGGAUGUCCUGAAGGAGCUGUUUGGCCCCUCUGCUGUCAGCACAAACACCAUCGUACUCUUCACCCACACCGAGGAGCUGGAGGAGGACGAGAAGCUGGAGGAAUACCUUGUCACAUGGCGCAAGGACCUCCUGGAGCUGGUGGAAAGAUGUGGUGACCGCUACCACACCCUGGAGACCCUCAGGGGAGAACCAGAGGAGGGGAAAGCUGUCGAGGAGCUGCUGGAGAAGGUUGAGCAGGCUUUGAGAGAGAGCGGGAGACAACACGUUAGCGGUCAUCUGUACCAGGAGGCGGAGGAAAGAGUGAGAGAGAGGCAGGUAGAGAUCUUGAGACAGAGAAGAGGAGAGGACCAGGCGUCUCCCACGGACUCACAACCAGAGGAAAAUGUCACAGAAGAAGAAAUGGAGGCAGUCCGUGCAGAGGCAGAGAGGAGUGUAGGUGACCUGAAUGUGGAUGUCGAUAGUAUUUUCCCCUCUACCGGUGUCUCACCUUCUUCUGCUGCUCCCUCUUUUCUCUGGGGCUUGUGGGAGAAGCUGACAGGCUGGAUGAGUUGGCUGCCCAGAGUGGUGAGAAGGGAGGCCCUGUUUGGAGCACUGGUCGGCCUGUUUGUGGGAGGGCCGUUUGGAAGUGUGAUGGGGGCCACCGUGGGCUCAGUGGCUACUGAGGUGGGGAGAAGAAAGACACAGAAAACUAAAUGAGAGGUAAUCUCAUAUUAAUGUAUUAUGCAUUAAGUUGCACCUUAAAGUCACUUCACUGUGUUCAGCACACCAUUGUAUUAUUGAUAUAUUGGUUUACCUGCGAGCACCUGUCAAAAUAGUAUUUAUGCUUGACCACUGAGUAUGACUGAGCACCAGUACUCCUGUUUUCUAUUUCAGAACGGGUACUACUCUCUAAUAAAGAAUACCAUAUUA